AUGAUACGUGUCAUACUGUCACUUAUAUUUCCUACUGUAGUUCAUAGUUGUCUUGUUGUGAGGACAACAAAAUGUGAAUGUGACUCCAUGGCUCUGGACAUUUCAAAUAUUCAAUCAAUAAUUGGAGAUCGCGAAUUCUAUCGAUUGAAUAUAUCCCAGAAUUCAAUCAGUGCUCCAAUUAUUUCAAUCGAUGACUGUCACACUUCGAUUCGUUGUGAAGGGGACUCCAGUUUAGUGGUGUUUGAUGGCACAGAGAAGUAUCAUAUGUUUGGUGCCUACUCAGCUGAUGGUCUUUGUGACGCUUACACUCAGAAAUGGUUGGUGGAUGAUUUAUCUGUGGAAUUGACAACUUAUGGGAAGAUGCAAGCAGUUUGUGUGGACUACGCCAGUUGCUGUAGCAACCCAUUUACUUCCCCAAUUAGCGAUCUCUGCUCGAAGACGACACUCAUUUGCACAGUACCAGAUACUCUAGCAACGAUGACUCUGGAAGUCAGUAUUCUCGGAAACACCUCGUCGACUACUGACCCUUCCGAAGUGCCGAAUGUUAAGCAGGUGCCAAAGUGCAUUGAUGUAGAACUUGUCUUAACGGUACACAGUCGUCUCGUCACAGCUCAUUGGACUACCUGA